AUCUAAAUGUCUAACGUGUGACUCAUGUGUCCCUCCUUUUCUCAACUCACAUCCCUUACAUUGUUAUCUUCAAAACAAUAAUGAUAUGAUCAAAUAACUUCCUUCUCCAACAUGGCCACCAUAGCUCAGACAGUAGAACAAGACCAUGCUCCUCCUCACCAUGCCAUGUUUCUGGUCAUACCAUACCUUCGAGUGUACGAGGUUUUAACCGUGUCUCUUGUUUGCACAUCACUAAGGGAUGCAGUCAACAAUGAUGUAUUGCCAUGGCUUUGUAUUAUUAUCGAAACGCCUCUCAAUUUUCGACUCACCGAUGAGACUCUGUUGAAAAUCACAUCCAAAGCCAAUGGUAGGAUUCAAAAAUUUGCUCUCAUGAACUGUAUCAAUAUCACUGAUCAAGGACUACAAAGGGUCAUAGAACAAAACCCUUUCAUUAAAGAGCUUCAUAUACCAGCUUGCACUAGCAUAACCCCUGAAGGAGUUCUAAAAGCUGUGGAAACAUUGUGCCAAAGAAACAAUUGCUUAACCACCUUGAGUAUAAACGGCAUCUACAAUCUACAGAAGGAGCAUCUUGACAUCCUUACUUCAAAACUUAGAGAAAACAUUUCAUUACAAAACAUGCAAAUGCAGCAGCAGCCUAUCUACUAUCAUAACCGCGGAAGCGUUUCAGCAUUCGAGUGUCAAGAAAAUCAUCGGAUUAUCGAUUUGGAGAUAUGUCCGAAGUGUUCUGAAGUGAUGAUGGUAUAUGACUGCCCAAAAGUGGACUGUAAGAAUAAGGAAUGUAGUGGGUGCAUAUUUUGUAUUCCAAGGUGUGAAAACUGUGGUGAAUGUGUUGGAUCAGAAGAACCUGAAGAGUGUGCUUGUGGUGAUAUUUUGUGCCUUGAAUGUUGGUUAAAGGUUCCUAAAUGCAGUUGCUGUAACAAACCAUAUUGUAAGCAGCACACAAAUUGGUGGUGUACUUCUUCAGACUCUUCAUUAAUGUGUAGAGUUUGUGAAGAAAAUUCUCAUGGAUAUACAUACACUGAUGAGCUAUAAUGAAAAACUGAUUCAUGAUGAUGAACCUUACAAUAUCAUCAUGCCUAGUUAUUUUCAGUUACUGUAAUUUGUUUCAAGUUUAUAGCUAAAGAAAAUUAUUGAUCA